AGAAAAUAAUGAAAACAAUUAGAAUAUAAAAUAAAUGAUGAGUUUUAUAUAAAUACGUCAUUGGUCUACUUAUUCCCGAGGCUUCAAAGUCAGGACUAACUAAGUUUAAGUAGAAAUCCACAAUGAUGAAAUACUCAACGUCUCCACCUCCUAUGAACUACCCGAGGAGUACGUCUCCUCUACCUGCACCAGCAAACUACCAGCCCACCACAGCUAGCGCCGCGGUUAAGCGAUACAAAUACUUGAGGAGGCUGUUCAAAUUCAACCAAAUGGACUUUGAGUUUGCCGCUUGGCAAAUGGUGUACUUGUUUGUCUCACCGCAGAAAGUGUUUAGAAAUUUUAACUAUAGGAAACAUACAAAAUCACAAUUUGCGAGAGAUGAUCCUGCGUUCCUGGUCUUACUCAGUAUUUGGCUAUUUUUAUCAUCAAUAUGCUUUGCUCUGGCAAUGGGAUUGACGUGGGGGCAGUGUGUGCUGUUUAUCCUGUACGUGGUGUUUGUGGACUUUAUCGGAGCGGGCAUCAUUGCAUCUACAUUUUUCUGGUACAUGAGCAACAAGUAUCUCCGUGUGGACGCGAGCAGUGCGGACGUGGAGUGGGGCUACAGCUUCGACGUCCACAUUAACGCGUUCUUCCCGCCUCUGUCGCUGCUGCACUGCGCGCAGAUACUGCUGUUCAACCAGCUCCUCUCGCACGGCGGUCUGGUGUCGUGUGUGGUGGCCAACUCGUUCUGGCUGGCCUCCUGCGUCUACUACCUCUACAUCACAUUCCUCGGGUACAGCAAUCUGCCGCAGCUGCAGAACACGCGCCUGUUCCUGCUGCCGCUGCCGGCGCUAGCGCUGCUGUACCUCGCCAGCCUGCCCGCCAACUUCAACCUCAGUCGCAUGCUCAUACACUUCUACCACUACCGCGUGCUGUGAGGGGGGGG